AUGGACGCGAUCCCAAACUCCCGCCCGUACGCGUGGCCCUUCCCCGACCCGAGCGAAAUCUAUUUCGACGCGUUCGAACACACCGCGUUCAUUCUGAUCGACAUGCAGCUCGAUUUUUGCGGCAAGAACGGGUACGUCUCCAAAAUGGGAUACGACGUUUCCCUCACCCGGAAACCGAUCGAGCGCGUCGAGAAGGUGCUGCGAAAGUGCCGAGAAAACGGAGUCCUCGUGUUACACACCAGGGAAGGACACAGGAAAAGCUUACGAGAUUUACCGGAGAAUAAACGGUGGAGAAGUGCGCAAGCAGGGGCGGAAAUCGGGAAGGAUGGGCCGUUGGGGAAAAUUUUAACCAGAGAAGCCAACGGGUGGAACCUCAUAGAGGAGUUGAAACCGCUCGAGACGGAAGACGUGAUCGAUAAACCAGGGAAGGGAUCAUUCAUGGGGACGGAUUUAGAUCUCAUAUUACGGUUAAACAAAAUCAGACGGAUUAUAUUUGGCGGGAUAACGACGGACGUGUGCGUGCACACGACGAUGCGAGAGGCGAACGAUUUAGGAUACGAGUGUUUACUCUUAGAGGACGGCACGGGAGCCACGGACGAGGGGAAUCACGCGAGCGCGAUAAAGAUGGUGCACAUGCAAAACGGCGUGUUCGGGGCCACGGCGAAGUGCGAAGACGUGUGUACGUUUUUAGACGCGAAUCGGUUCGAUGGUGCCGAAAAUAGAGAUGCGAUCAUUCCGAACGCGAAACCGUUCCCAUUUACCAUCAGAGCGAAGAAAACGGCGAUCGUUAUGGUCGAUUGGCAGUUAGAUUUCACCUCGCCUAAAGGUUUCGGCGCGGCGUUGGGGAACGAUUGCGAAGUUUUGCGCGAAGAAGCCUUGCCGAAUGCGGUCAAAAUUUUAGAAGCAGGUCGAGAGGCGAAGUGCGCGAUCGUGCACACGUUGGAGGCGCACAAAGCAGACCUCUCGGAUUGCCCGCCGAGUAAAAUUCGAAGAUGCGACAAAAUCGGUCAAACCGUGGAUGCUAAAAUGGGCCGCAUAUUAGUCAGAAACGAACCUGGGAACUCGAUCGAGCCAUUAGUAGCACCAAUCGAAGGCGAACUCAUCGUCCACAAACCAGGUAAAGGUGCUUUUUACAACACGAAUCUCGAAUUCCAGCUGAAGAGGCGCGGGAUCGAGACUCUGAUUUUCACCGGCGUGACCACGGAAGUGUGCGUCCAAACGUCCAUGCGAGAAGCGAACGAUCGCGGUUUCGAGUGCAUCGUCGCAGACGACGCCACCGAAUCGUACUUCCCGGAAUUUAAAAAAGCGUGUUUGGAGAUGAUUUCCAGUCAAAACGGUAUCGUCGGUUGGCGAUGUCUCACCGAAGACGUCGUCAACGCUUUGAAAAUAUGA